UCUCUCUCUCUUCAUCUGAUGUUAAUGCACUGAGCCACACCUUACGACUACUGCUUCGCAAAUGCUAUCGAGACUGCAGUUGACAUCGACCAUCCUUCAGUCGUCAGAAGCAUAUCCAAGCAAUCAACCAUGCGUGAAUGUAUCUCAGUCCAUGUCGGCCAAGCCGGAGUCCAGAUGGGCAAUGCUUGCUGGGAGCUCUACUGCCUGGAGCACGGGAUCGGCAAGGAUGGCCAGAUGCCCUCAGAUGAUAAAUCUGUGGGAGGGGGCGACGACUCCUUCAACACCUUCUUCAGUGAGACUGGAGCUGGCAAGCACGUGCCCCGUGCCGUCUUCGUCGAUCUUGAGCCAACCGUAGUUGAUGAGGUCCGUACCGGCGCUUAUCGCCAACUGUUCCACCCUGAGCAGAUUAUAAACGGCAAGGAGGAUGCAGCCAACAACUACGCCCGAGGUCACUACACCGUGGGAAAGGAAAUAAUCGAUAUUGUUCUCGACCGAAUCAGGAAACUUUCUGAUCAAUGCACCGGUUUACAAGGCUUCCUCAUCUUCCACAGCUUUGGUGGCGGCACCGGCUCUGGCUUCACUUCACUCCUGAUGGAGCGCCUGUCCGUUGACUACGGAAAGAAGUCCAAGCUCGAGUUUGCCGUCUACCCCGCGCCGCAGAUAUCGACUGCUGUGGUCGAGCCGUACAACGCUGUCCUGACUACGCAUACCACUCUGGAGCAUUCCGACUGCGCAUUCAUGGUCGACAACGAAGCCAUCUACGACAUUUGUCGCCGGAAUCUGGACAUCGAGCGUCCAAGCUACACUAACCUCAACCGACUGAUUGGUCAGAUUGUGUCGUCCAUCACCGCUUCUCUGCGAUUCGAUGGCGCCCUCAAUGUUGAUCUGACAGAAUUUCAGACCAACUUGGUGCCCUAUCCCCGUAUUCAUUUCCCUCUGGCCACCUAUGCUCCGGUCAUCUCUGCCGAGAAGGCGUACCACGAGCAGUUGACUGUUGCUGAGAUCACCAACGCCUGCUUCGAGCCCUCCAACCAGAUGGUAAAGUGCGAUCCCAGACAAGGCAAGUACAUGGCCUGCUGUCUCCUGUACCGUGGUGAUGUCGUCCCAAAGGAUGUUAAUUCCGCCAUCGCAACCAUCAAGACCAAACGUAACAUCCAAUUCGUCGACUGGUGUCCAACUGGCUUCAAGGUCGGUAUCAACUACCAGCCACCCACCGCCGUCCCUGGUGGUGAUCUUGCCAAGGUUCAGCGUGCCGUCUGCAUGUUGUCGAACACGACUGCGAUCGCUGUCGCUUGGGCCCGUCUGGACCACAAGUUCGACCUGAUGUACGCCAAACGAGCCUUUGUCCACUGGUAUGUUGGUGAAGGGAUGGAGGAAGGUGAAUUUGCUGAAGCUAGGGAAGAUUUAGCUGCACUGGAAAAGGACUACGAGGAGGUUGGUGUCGAUUCUAUCCUCGAAGAAAACGAAGAUGCCAACAAAGAGGAAUUUUAGAUAAGAAAGUGAGGUUGCAAAGCAUUCUGUCAGGCCACAAAUCUGGAAGGCAAUGUGUUUAAACCUAGCAAGCAUCUUCUGAAACAACUUUUAUUGUGGACAUUACGCGUAAUAUAAGCUAUGAGUGUGUAAGCCUGUGAAUAUAUAAUUGUUCGUCUUGCUAGUAAGCGUGAGUUUGUCAAAGUAUUAAGUGGUAUGGCAGUAAUCUUCAGUUUUGUUCAGGGGUAAUUUGUAAGUACAGCUAAUCACAUGUUAGUUGUUGGAGGAAUACUGGAAUCUCCGGUUUAGACACGGAGUGGUGAAUUUAGAGAUAAACAAUCACAGCAACGGAAAUAAAAUGCAAAGGGGGAGCUAAUAGUACUACGACU